AUGGUGCAGUCUAACAAUGAAAGAUUAAGCAACACGGCUCUAAGAAUAGAGAACGUACAUCUUCAUUAUGAGAAUAUCGCAAUGAAUGAAAUCAUGAACCAUCUUAUGUGCAACAAAUGUGAAGGCUUAGGUUAUGGCGGCAGCAAAGAAGCCAGCCGCCAAAACCUACAAAAGUUAAAGAGUGAAAAUGAAUUCUUGAAGGGAGAGUAUGAAAGAGUCCAAAGAAUGAUAGCAAAUACACAAGGAAGAAGAGAUGGUCUAAACUUGAUGCCUAUGUCACUUAAUAUUCCAAAUGAAUCAUCUCUUUAUCCCAAAAUCAUGUGCACUGAUUCUCCUAUGGCUUGGAUUGAAUCAUCAAAAGAAUCGAGGAUUCUACUUGCGUCUACUUCGCAUUCGCUUAAUGUCUUUCAUGAUCAGGUAAAGUUUAUGGAAUUUAUCCCUACAAUUGUCACCAAAUCUAAGAAGAUCGAAACGCUUGAUACCUUAGGCCAGAAGGGUACUUUAUAUUUGGAAGUAGAACUUUCAACUUCACAAGCACGGCUACUACAAUCUGGUUGCAUGAUCGAGGACUUGUCCAAUGGAACAUCAAGGGACUCUGAGCUACGCCAAGUGAACCUCAAAGAGUUAUAUAAUGUUAAUGUGAUCAAUACGCAACAAAGUAGAGCAGCCAUGGGAAAGAUUUUAGAUAGAAUGGUGAAAAACUUUCAUCAGAUGCUAACUGUGCAAGACAAAUAUUGGGAUUCUCCCCAGCUAUCGAAAUUCCAGACUAACAAGUUUAAAAUUUCAUUAAGAAGAUGUGACAAUCAUCCUUCAAUUGCUGGAGCCAAUGGGACGUGGGAUGUUUUGACUAACGGAAAUUCCAUCAAAGAAAUCGAACACAUCUCAACUGGAAGUCAUCCUAGAAAUGCAAUCUUUCUCAAGCAGCCUUGUACAAAGGAGAAUAGCAACAUGUUAAUACUUCAAAACAGUAACAAAGAUGCGUUGAUGGCUUCACUAAUUUACACUCCUCUUAAAUUGCCCAUGGUGACGUCCAUAAUAUGUGGUGUUGACAAUCAUGAAUUUCCAAUUUUACCCUCUGACUUCAUCAUUGCAAAUGAGUCUUAUCGUAGAGUUGAUGGUGGUGGGAUUGGUCUCGAAGGAGCAUUACUUCUUCUUCUUCUUCGGGUAGAUCAUGAGGCGGAAUGUAUCGUUGCUGACAAUGGUUUUGCAGAUCCCGACAUUUAA